AAGAGGAUUCGUUCAAUGAGACGCGAAUACAUAAAGAUCAGGUUCAGGCGUUCAGGCAGGACGCAUCAAGCAAUGAGCAGCAAGGAGAUAUUUCGAAAAUUUUCUAUAUAUCACCUCGUUGAUUGGUUGCUGCUUGCUGCAUCCUGUCUUUUUCAAUAUAACCGCCCAUUAAUGGCGAUAGUAGACGGCGCACAGCAGCCACUUGUUUGGUGAUUGGUCGCUGCUACUGCGAUAGUAGCGCCCGAAAAUGCGUGCGCUUAAAAAUACGUCAGACAGGAGACAGGCUAAGUGACCGUAAAAUUGCGCCAAACACGCCGACAACAUGCUUCUCGAAUCGAGAACAUUUACGAGAAUCGUGUUAUUCGUUGGCUUUGUCGCCGUAAUUCGUAUCGCGAGAACUUCCACGGCACACAAACUGAAUGUGCCUCGAGUUUUGUUACCUGUCUUCAACAACUUUGCGGUAAAUUUCACGCUAGAGGUGACGGACGGUGGUUGCUAUAAAUGGUCAACCUCACGUUUGGAUGUUAUACAGUUGAUUCCUAUAAACGAGAAUUUUGACAGAACAUGUUCAUCAGCAGUGCUAAUUCAAACCAUAACGAGAGAAUUAACGAGGAACACCGCGAUUGUUUUGGCAGAAGACAUUAAUUCCGGUCACUUUCUGCGAUGCGACGUUAUAGUGGAUGCAAUAUUUUCCUUGAAUCUCAUUACCACUACGAGAGAAUUGUACAUCGAAGAUAUACCCGAAGCAUUUGAGGUACGAGCGUACGACGAACAGGGAAACGAGUUUACGACUCUAGCAGGCAUAGAAUUUUUAUGGGCUAUUGGUGAUACUGACAAACGUAUAUUAUCUGAUACUAAAUCUACAAUUAAUGUAUUACGCUUUAUGACAUAUGAGGAGUCACAGUAUGAAAGACCUGCUAGUGUAGCUGCAUUAGAUAGCAUUGGCAAGAGAGGUCAUAUUGUUUUGAUAGAAGGUGUUAGGACUGGCACUGCCAAAGUAUCUGUCAGAUUGCCACAUUCUGAAUACAAGCAUGUUCCAUUUAUAGAACUAGAGUUGAUUGUGAUUGCCAAUUUAAUCAUAAUUCCACCAGAAAUAACAAUAAUGGCUUACGACAGCUUCAAGUAUAAAAUAAUGCACACUCGUCAAGGGCGCUUGGAGGAGAUCAGUUUACCCUCGAACCAGUAUUACCUGGAGGCCGAGAGUUCCGAUAUAUUAGAAAUCGAUAACGACCGUGAUUUUGCUUAUGGUCUUAAAACGGGACGUACGAAGGUAUUCUUGCACGAUAAAAAUGUCCGCGAGGAGUAUCCAGUCAUUUUACCUUCCGCUACAGUUAACAUACAUGAGGUGGCUUACAUUUCUCUCUCUGUUCUACCAAACAGAAACUGGGGAUUAGUAUUGGGUCACACUCAUGAAAUCAUUGUUGAAUUAUAUGAUAACAAAGAUCACAAAUUUCAUAUUGGAGAGGGCGUAGAAGUUUCCAUAAAGAUUGACGAACAAUAUAUUGAACCAAAAUCGAUUACGCAAAAUGGCACUUAUGCCGUUAUAGUACCAAUCACUUGCGGAAUAACAGUCGUGGAGGCAACGUUGCGAGGUAUAAUCGACAAACGUGGCAAAAGGAUCACGUUCGACCCGCGACCAUCUACUAGAGCCGAAUUUACGAUACAUACGCCGGUCGUAAUUCAACCUCGCAUUUUAGCUAUUCCAUGGGACCUCGUUAAUAAAUCUAGAUUCGAUAUAAUGUUAAGGGCGAAUGGGGGAGAUGGCUCAUAUGUCUGGUCCAGCAGACAACCGUCGAUAGUAACUGUCUCACAGAACGGCGGUAUCAGAAUUCUAUCAGCGGGUACAGCGGAUGUGGCUGUCGCGAUGGCGAGGAAUCAAUACAAUAGGGACACAGCGAAGAUAUACGUAUUAUUACCUUCGAGGCUGAAAAUUAUUGAGUAUAACAUGGAAGCGGCUACAGGAGAACCAAUUCAUCUGCAUGUCGCGUUAUUCGGGAAAUUGAUCAAUGGUACCGAUGUCAAAGAGAUACCCUUCAGUGACUGCAAAGAUGUUAAUUUUGAAGUGUAUAUUCCAGAUGAGAAUUUUGUACGGACAUAUGAUAAAAAUGUACAACCGAUUGGUGCUGCGUGUGCCGUGAUAACUGUUGUCAAUUAUCGUUGUAUCGGAACGUCUGAUGUGACUGUAGCUUACAACGUAAAAGACGAUAAUGCGAUCGAUCGUUUGCUAAUGGACAACGUCACUGUAUCGGCAUACGAGCCGCUCGUAGCGAUACAUCCGGAGAGUAAGAAAACUUUACUUUCCGUGGGAUCCUCGAGGAACGUGGUGUUUAAAGGCGGACCGCUGCCGUGGACGAACAAAUCUCAAGAUUAUUUGCGAGAAAUACAUCCGUCAAACGAGCAGAUUAUUGAACUGGUGGAAUAUGAAGAUUCUUUAAAUGGACCAUUUGACAGAGCUGUUUUCAAGGUAAUUUGCAAGGCGUUAGGCGAAACGGCGUUAACGUAUACGGUGUCGAACGUUCCUCUGCUUGCGAACUGUCGACGCACUCACGCAUCGGAAACGAUCGUGAUUGUCUGCGGCAAGCCCAGAUACAUUUAUCUGCGGCCAGACUUCAUGGACAAUGAAAAUUGUCCGAUCAGCCAGAAUGCAGACAAGAUAAUCGCACACAGUGAAAAGCCUUUAAGAAUUUCCGUGAUUGUUAAGGAUGAGGAUGGCAAGCAAUUUGACAAUAUCACGAGCUUAAACGUCGAGUGGAACCUGAAACCAUCUGGUAGUGGUGUCGUGGAGCACCCUUCCGGCACGAUAGAGGAGAUUUGGACGGAUGUGAAUGUGAUUCUGCCGAAAACUCACUAUCAGAAUAUUAUUUUCAAGAAGCAUUACGGUAGUCUUACGAUAUUUGCAACUGUCACCGGCUAUCAAAAACUCGUUCUUAAUAGACUCAAAAUCACGCCGGAAUGGCCGCCGUUCCCCAUCGAAAACGAGAGAGGCGGAGUGGAGACUCCGCUGAUAGAGGCUUCCAUAGAAACAAUUUUAGUGAAUGAUACUAUCGUUAGCCCCGACAAAUUGAUGAUUCUGAAUGAUUCGAGUAUGAAAUCGUACUUGCAAGUCAGUCAAGGCUCUGGUUACUACGAAUUCGUCCUCAGUUCAAACGAAAUAGCGAACAUUCGGUAUAUGGAUGCGACGAGAACGAUCAGCGUAACGCCGAGGAGACCAGGCAUGCUUCGUAUGACGCUAGUAGACCUCUGUCUACCUUCGAAAUCGGCGGAAGUAUACCUAGAAGUGCAACAGCUUGCGACAAUUGAAGUCGAAAUUGUGAAUAAAAUUGAGAAGGGAAAGUGCGUGACAGCUGCGCUGAAGCUAUAUGAUACUAACGACCACGUCGUGAGGCUGCCAUCUCCCGACGCGCUGGAUUUCCGUGUGGAGAUCGACAACAAGUACAUCGAGAUCGAGCAAUUGCCCGCUAAUGAACAGGUUACUGCGCCCUACGAACAAAUAUUGUACAAGAUUCACGGUGUAUUGGAAGGUGAGAGUCAGCUGACCUUUAUAAAGAAAGGCGACCGCGAAAUACGGAGCGAAACGAUUACUGUACAGGUGUUCCUGCCGCUGCGAAUACAACCGAGAAAUCUGACGAUAUUGAUCGGCACCAUUUAUCAAAUGCAAACCAUUGGCGGUCCACUGAACGCUGAGAUCGAAUAUUCGACAGAAAGCGGUGAUAUUCUGCGCGUCGAACCUCGCAAUGGGAUUCUCGAGGGCAAAUCGGCAGGUCGGACGCGGGUUCGUGUUCGCGCCAUCGGACUUGAUGCCAAGGGCAACAAAGUGGUAGUCUACUCAGAAGAUCGCGCCGAAAUACAUGUACUACAUCUCGAGGGAGUGAAGAUCUCGACUCCUGUGAACCGGGUAAAAGUGGGAGCGAUGUUUCCCCUUUGGGCGUUCGGCAUUCCCGAUUAUUUGACGCCGCUUAUCAUCGGCUCCAUGCAGCUGCCGCUGAGCUUCGCCUGGUCGUCGAGCGAUCCUAGUCUGCUUACUUUGCACAACAUGUACGAGGGUACCGGCAUCAACGUCCGAUAUCAGAAUCAAGUAUCGCUGAGGGCACGGGCUGUGAGUCCGGGCGCAGCGACGAUCCAUCUGAAUGUCACCGUUCCGAGUAACGUACUGUCCGGCAAGAACGACAUCACUUACACCACGUUUGUAAAGAUCGAGAUAUUCGAGGAAUUGCGUUUGAUUGAUCCAACAACGGCGAGUUCGCCGAUAUUAAUGUCGCCGAAUUCUAUUCUGCAAUUGCAAACAAAUCGCGACAAGCAUGGUACGACAACUUAUGAGAUUCUGUCAAACGCUCAUUCUGGCAUCGGAUUCACGGAAGAUGUUGCGUCGCGUGCCCUAACGCCCGGCCCGAGGUCCACGGUGACCGUGGACAAAAACGGGAUUACAAGAGCUGGCGAGAAUCUCGGUCGAGAUACAAUCGUUACCAUUACGAAUACGGAAGCAUAUAACUUGAGGCAAUCAUUGACAGUCCUCGUCGAGGUCAAGCCUAUUCACUACAUGAUGCUUUCUUUGAAAUCCAAGUUACGUAUACGGAAUGGCGAGGAGUUGAAUAUGUUACCGAAAGGAAUGAAACUGGAGUACGUCGUCGAGUACUACGAUAACGUAGGGAAUAGAUUCCACGCCGCCGAGGCCAAUGUCAAGGCUACGUUGAAUCGGGCCGAUUUAGCAUCAUUCACGUCAGGCGAUAGCAUCGUCGCCGCAAAAUUCCUUGAGAAUGGCGAACUGGUCGUGAAAGUUUUCAACGAAAAGUAUCCCAACGUAAUGUUCGAUUACGUUCACAUGAUGAUCGGCGACGUUGUGUUCCCGACAAGGACGACUCUGACUGUCGGCGAUAUAAUAUGUUUUUCUAUGCCGCUUCUCUCAUCUGACGGGGAUCCGGGAUAUUGGCAGUCAUCUGCGCCUGAAGUAUUAUUGGUGGAUCCUAUUACCGGUAUAGGUCGCGCCCGAAACGUUGGCCAGGCCAUUAUAAAGCACAGCCUCGCCAUGCAUGUGCAGAGUGAGAUAGAAGUCAAUAUUCUACCAAUAUCACGGGUAUCUAUCGUUCCUCUGAGAGGAAGGAAUAUCACUGGUACAGAAAUUUUUAGCGUACCGCUUGUGCUGAAGAGUAAAGAUGAAGAAAUCAAAGAAAAUAAUGUGUUGGCGAGAGGUCUAGGUGGUUGCCGUACGUUAUCAUCAUUCACACUGAACGCUUUUCCCUACACAUGCAACGUGCAAUUUGUCUCGUCAACUUUAUCAAUCGACGUACGGGAUCUGUUUCUUGUGAAGCCACGCUUUGAUAUCGUGACAGGUUUUUAUUACUGCGACAUCGUAUCGAUGGCCUCUCCGACAGUAGCCGCUAGUAUAUUAGACAGUCGUAUUCAAAUCAGUGCCCGAAGCCGAGAUAUCGAAUCGAUCGCUUUAGAACUCGUCUAUUUACCGCCUGUGUACGUCGAUGCCAAAGAAAUUGUAUUCGUCUCCGCUCAGAGCGGCGCGCCAUCGACGACGAUCGAAGUGUAUGGACUGCCAUCGGUGUUACAGCAUCUCACUAUUGAUGUACCAGAUGGUAUAGUUGUCAUCUCACAACAAUAUAUCUCCAAAUCUACAAUGCAAUAUAAACUACGCUUAAUGAAUAAUCAGGAUGAGAUUCAAGGGCAAAGAGUGUUCAUUGCGAAUGAUUUGACCAAACAAAAUGUAUCUCUACAUAUACGUGUGUCAAGGCAUAAUCACUUCAUUCCUAUGUCUGGUGUGCAAUGGGUGAAUUAUAUAUAUUUCCACAGAUAUACGCUAGGAACAUUUGCUGUUAUUGUGAUUACAAUCUUCUAUGUAUGGAAACAUAGGGUAACGAGUAUUGAUUUAGCGAUCAGGAACAGGACCAUUUUUGCUGAUAGAUCUCCACCAAUGUUGAAGAAAACCAUUUGUGGUCCAUGUACGACUCCUACUUCGACUGGCAGACCAUCAACUUCGCCGUUAAGGCCAUUCUCAGCGUUUGAAUCGCCUGUUUAUGGCGAUCCGCGUAGUUUCGGCACACCAUACAUUAGAAGGAGGGAUAUAUGAAAAAAUCUUGAACAAUAUUAGACUAUUCGAUAUAACAUCGAAUAACAGAUAUAACAUACGAAGAUCAGAUCUUCAUAUUACUGACAAAGAUUGUUAAAAAGCAUCUGCUCCGACAUUAGUUAAGAAACGUUCAAUAUUUCAAUCACGUUACUUAAUUUUGUGAGAGUAAUUCAUUACAUUCGUUAACAUAAAACGGCCCGAUUAAUGUAAUAUAAUUGAUGUUUCAAUUAAGUUAUCUUCGUGAUAAAUGCGCAAUCGUCGCAAAAUCGUGCCUUAAAAUUAAAACUACUGUCAUUUUGUUGUACACAAAGUCAAAAAUUUUUUGACAUUUCAAAAAAAAAUUUUUCAAUUUUCCAUGCAAAAUUAUAUUUAUAUUUUUACUUAAUACCACAGAUUUAUGCAUCAUUUUAUUAUAUAAUAUGAUAAUAAUAUUGUACAAUAAUAUUGCAUAUACAUACAUACAUAUAUAUAUAUAUAUAUAUAUAUAUAUAUGUGUGUGUGUAUAUGUAUAUGUAUAUACAAUGAUGAUAUAUGUAUAUAACUGUACGAUUCUGUGACAAUUAUGCGUGCGUGCGUGUAAAAUACGAAUACAAUUGUUUGUACUUGUAAUUAUCCGUUUGUUAAUAAUCGCCACAAUUUAAGUGUGCUACAUUCAUUUUAAUAAUGAUAUGUACAGUUUCUAGUCGUAUGAAAAGCUAUAUUUUUGAUUACGUAAAUAAAAUAAUAGUAAACUCGUUGGUGACAU